AUGGAUAUGCCCCAUCUCAUAUCUGCUACAUUUCUCACCAUUUUUUGUUGCUCUUGUUUGAUUUUUGCUCAGCAGCCUUACGAGGGACAGACCUUCACGGAUUGUUACAACCCAAAAACUUACUCAAAAUCUGUUCUUGGCUACACCUGCAAUGGAGCAAGCAAGAGUUGCGAAACAUUCCUCACCUUCAGAUCCCGGGCACCUUACAACAUGGUCUUUGCCAUCUCCAAUAUGCUGACUUCUGACGUGUCUCAGCUGGCAGAGAUAAAUUUGGUUUCUGAAGCAACGUUCGAAACCAACAAGUUGGUGAUUGUUCCGAUUACUUGCUCCUGCUCAGGUGAGUACUAUCAGAUAAACAUGUCUCAUGUUGUUGUGAAGGUCGAUACGUUUUUAAUUGUUGCGAAUAACACAUUGCCAGGCCUUUCGACAUGUCAAGCUAUGCUGAACCAGAAUAGUAAUCUAACUGCAGAAAACUUGUACAUUGGUGAUAGACUCAUUGUUGCUCUUAGAUGUGCUUGUCCCACAAAGAACCAAACUGACCUAGGUUUCAAGUAUCUUUUGACUUACUUAAUCGCUCAAGGUGAUUAUGUUCCAUUGAUCAGCACGAGAUUUGGCUCGGAUACAGGGAGAACUCUUGAAACUAGGGCUCCCUUCACCACACUUUUAUUUCCUUUGAAAAACCCUCCAAACAGUUCUCAAACCGUAGAGCCUCCCACAUCAUCACCAUCACCUCCAGCAAUACCUCCACCACCCUCCAAUAACUCAAACAAAACAUGGGUUUACACCCUUUUUGGGGCUCUUGGCGGAGGCGGACUUGUAUUGGUCAUAGGCGACAUUAUCUUCUGCACAUUCUUCCGUGGAAGUACUAAGAAGGGUUUUGAUCCAAUUAUUGCCUCAGAGAGCUUUGAGCCGCUUGAAAAACCACAAGGGAAAAAGGUGGAGGAAGAGGUCUCGGGACUUUUUAGAGGCUUAUCUGGCAUAGCUCAAUCCCUCCAAGUUUACAAAUUUGAGGAUCUGCAACGCGCAACAGGUGGUUUUAGUACUGCUUAUAUGGUUAAGGCUGUUUAUUGUGCCAAAAUUAAUGAGGAUUUGGCGGCCAUUAAGAAGAUGAAUGGAGAUGUGUCCAAAGAGAUAAAUUUACUAAAAAAGGUCAGCCAUUCUAAUCUCAUUCGCCUCUCUGGCGUUUGCUUUAAUGAUGGACAUUCAUAUCUUAUCUACGAGUAUGCUGUCAAUGGACCAUUAAGUGAUUGGAUCUACUACAGCAGCAAUCACGGGAAGUUCCUGAAUUGGACACAAAAAAUACAGAUUCUGCUGGAUGUGGCCUCAGGGCUUCACUAUCUCCACAGCUUCACCACUCCUCCCCAUGUCCACAAGGAUGUAAAGAGCAGUAACAUUCUUCUCGACAGCGAUUUCAGGGCCAAGAUCGCAGACUUCAGUCUAGCAAGGUCAACAGAAGCACCGGAAGGUGAGUUUUCUUUGACAAAUCACAUUGUCGGAAUAGGCUACAUAGCUCCUGAGUACUUGGAAAAUGGCUUGAUAUCCACAAAGCUUGAUGUCUACGCAUUUGGCGCUCGCAGGCUGGAAGUACUCACUGGAAAAGACGUUGCUAUGUUUUACAAAAAGAAUAUUUGCUUGUCUGAUGUAGUAUACUCUCUGCUUAACAACGAAGAUGGAGGGCAGAGUUUGAAGGAGUUCAUGGAUCCUUCUAUGCAAAAGAGUUAUCCUCCAAAACUUUCUCUUUUCGUGAUCAAACUGAUUGAUAAUUGCUUGAAAAGAAACCCUGCUGCUCGCCCGAGCAUGGAGGAGAUGGUGCAAUUUAUGUCAAGAAACAUGGGCAAUUCACGGGAAUUGUCAAGCAACAUCUCAGGCUAUCAAACUUUAGUGGGAGUUCUUAGUAGCACCGAAACUGGAACAGGAUCUCAUUCAACUGCUUAGUUUAAAGCUAGAUUUUAUUUAAUCUACUGCUCUUCUUUCUCUUUUCCCGGUUCAGAUUCAUGUGCUGCUACUGUGUAUAAAUUAUGGGAAAUUCUUCGGAUAUGCAGCAGUAAAAAGCCUCGGGCAAAUUUCUAGAAGAACUAAAACAAUGACUGGAAGAAAUGUUUUGACCAAGAAAAUUGACCUGUUUCUUGCAGAAUUAUAUUUUUAGGAAAUUCUCUGUGCAGAAUGUCCAUUUAUUAAUAAAGAACGGCCAUUCAUUGAUAA